CAAUAGUUUCACGCCAUGUAACGAUUGACCUGAUAAAUUUGUCUGUCCAAUUUUCCUUUUUCUAUUCAGACAAUCCCCUGAGAUAGAGUCAUGGCUCAUUCACUUUACAUAACACCAGCUACCACAGCAAGACCUACUGUAGCCAAAUCUAAGAAGACAUCACCUGUUCCAUCUCCAAGGUUUCAAAGAGUGAGGGCUUGCCAUGGAGAUUCCAAGCCAUUUUCAGAUAACAAACUUGUCCAUCGCAGGACAAUAGCAUUGGGCUUGGCUGUUGCUCUGACGGGUUUGAACAUCGGUGGCUGGAAUGCAAAUGCAGCAGCCAAAAGGCCACCACCUCCACCACCAGGGGAGAAAAAGGACCCUAGUAUAAGCGGUUUGCAAGCAAAAGUACUAGCUAGCAAGAAGAGGAAAGAAGCUAUGAAAGAAGAGGUGGCCAGAUUAAGAGAGAAAGGAAAGACAGUAAACGAACCAUCUGAAUAGCAAUAUAAAAUUGCCCACUUUUGUAAUUGUUUAGCAUUCCUCUACAAAAUUUUCCGAGUCGAGGGGAAAAUGUGAAUUCUAAAUAAUACUAUUUAGCAUGUUUGAGUUGA